UGCUAGAAAUAACACGUGUAAAGACACAUUCCAUGUUGCAGAAAUUACAGUCCGCUUUUGCUUUGAUCAUUCAAAGAUCAUUCCCUCCUUUUACUUUUGUCUUUGUAAGGUUCAUCACCGCAAUUACCAAAGGAUCAAGAAGAUGAAUUUCUGAGAGAUUUUGCGGAUGAUGAUGGCGCUUACUCAACUGGUUCCUUCUUCUCCAGAGAAGCUGUUCUGUUUCUCCAGCUUCUUCCUCCCUUCAAUUCCUCUGGAGAUUCGUAGAAGUAACGUAACUACGAAAACCAGUUCCAAGAAACUCGGAAGUCUGUCUUUGAACAUCUCAUGUUCAGCUCACAAGAUUGUUCGGAGUCCAUCUUUAGACAGACAUGUAGUGAAGCAGAACAGAGUUCGCUUUGUGCAGAAGUUGAACACUUUGCUUCUCUCUAAACCAAAGCAUUACAUUCCAAUUGAAAUCCUCUAUAAAUGUCGUUCUUACCUCUGCAUCGAAAAUCCAUUGGCCAUUCUCUCAAUGAUCCGUCGGUAUCCUACAAUCUUUGAACUUUUUACGACACCUACGCCACAUUUGCCUAUGAAUGCCACUAAGCCGUUAUCUCAACUCUGUGUUCGUUUGACAUCGGCUGCAUCAUCCCUUGCAAUGCAAGAAUUGAAUCUGAAGUCUGAGAUCUCUGAUAAAUUGGCUACUAAGCUCCAGAAGCUACUAAUGUUGUCAUCUCACCGCAGGUUGCUUUUGUCUAAACUGGUUCACAUUGCCCCAGAUUUUGGCUUCCCUCCUAAUUUCAGGUCUCGGCUCUGCAAUGACUAUCCGGACAAGUUCAAGACUGUGGAUACUUCCUAUGGAAGAGCACUGGAGCUUGUCUCGUCGGAUCCCGAAUUGGCGAACCAAAUGCCAUCUCCUGAAGUUGAUAGGGGUUUGAUUGUUGAUCGUCCUUUGAAGUUCAAGCGCUUGAAUCUUCGGAGAGGUUUAAAUUUGAAGAGACGGCACCAAGGUUUCUUGAUAAAGUUCAGAGAAUCACCUGACGUGUGUCCUUACAAAAUGUCAUCUGACUAUCUGGCAAGUGAGUCAAUUGAGGCGGAGAAGCGAGCUUGCGCAGUUGUAAGAGAGGUGUUGGGGUUAACGGUUGAGAAAAGGACCUUGAUUGAUCAUUUGACACAUUUCAGGAAGGAGUUUUCUUUACCAAAUAAGUUAAGAGACUUGAUUGUGAGACAUCCAGAGCUAUUCUAUGUGAGUAUAAAAGGCAUGAGAGACUCUGUGUUUCUCGUUGAAGCAUACAAUGACAAUGGUGAUCUUCUAGAUAAAGAUGAGAGAUUGGUGAUAAGAGAACGUUUGAUAGAUCUUAUUCAAGAAGGAAAGAGAAUUAGACGUGAACGAAGAAGAAAAGGCGCCACACUUGGUGAUAAAAGCGUGGAAGAGAAAAGGAAAGAUGAUGAAACAAUUGAUGAUUAUGAUAGUGAUCUGGAUGAUGAAUAUGAAGAUGGGUUUGAGAAUUUGUUUGACUCAGAAGAUUUAGGUGUGGAAUAUCAUUUCGACGAAGAAGAUGAUGAUGAUGAGGCAGGGGUUAAUGGUGAAAGUGUAGAGUAUUGGAGUAGAAAGCUUUCGUCUUCAGGUAGUAGCAGUGAUGAAGCAAAUAGUGCUGUGGAAUCAUGGUGAUGGAAAAUGUUAAAUAGAUCGUUUUGAUAUUUAUACUCAGAAAAUUGUACGCAAUUACACAAUAACAUAAUGUUUAUGUCGUUAAUCUUAUUCUCAUUGGCUUUAGAGCUGUGUGUAUUGAUGAAAUAGUUCGGGAUAAUGGUAAUAUUGAAUGGGCUUACG